AUGGCUUCCUCCUUUGAUUAUGAAGGGCAAAUCCUAACUCUCAAUCUUGAAAUGAGUCAUAAUACUCCAACUACAGGAGCUACAAGUAUUGCUCCUACUCCUACCGAUGUUGAUCAUGACUCUAGUGGCGGAGAUUCUGCACCAAGAGCUCCUAAAAGGCUGAGAUCUAAUGUGUGGAACUUUUUCGAGAAGAUAGAAGUCACCAGGGAUCAACACAGUAGGCUUCUAACCCAGAAGGCUAAGUGUGGGUUAGCGUGGCGACGAGUGGAGGAGAUCGACGACGACGAGCUUCGGGUGGAGGAGAUCGAAGACGACGAGCUUCGGGUGGAGGAUCGACGACGAGAUGCUAGAGAAGACGCGAUCACUGGACGAGGUGGCGUCGAGAGUCAGGUUGCAAUAUUUGUUGUUUUGGCAAUGACAUUGCGCCGAAAGCCAGACAUUUUGGUCAGCAUUUUGCCAAAAGUAAGGGAUAACCCCAAAUAUCAAGGGCACGAGAAGUUCCCAGUACACGUAUGGGUUGUUGGGCAGGCUUCUCAAGGUGACCUUGUUGCCGGAAUGUAUGCUUGGGUUCAUUAUGUGUUGCCUUUGAUCUCUGGAAAACCUAAUGUCAACCCACAGUCAAGGGACUUUGCACUGCAGUUGGUUGAGAGAUUUUUGUCAGGGCCAAAAGCUCGAUCCAUUUUAUUGAAUGGUGCUGUUAGGAAAGGAGAGCGUUUGGUGCCACCUUCUGCACUUGAUUUACUGAUGAGAGCAACAUUUCCUGCUCAAUCUGCUCGAGUAAAGGCUACAGAGAGGUUUGAGGCAAUAUAUCCCACCCUCAAGGAGGUUGCCCUUGCUGGUUCUCCAGGUACCAAAACUACAAAGCAGGCAUCACAGCAGCUGUUGCCUUUAACUGUGGAAGCAAUGCAGGAAAACAAUCCAGUGUUAACUAGAGAAGCAGCUGAUGUAUUCGUCUGGUGUUUGGUUCAGAAUCCUGAUUGCUACAAGCAAUGGGAAAAACUGCACUUGGAGAAUAUUGGUGCAAGCAUUGCUGUUCUUCGUAAAUUGUCCAAUGAGUGGAAGGAAUAUUCAGCCAAAUUCUCUCCUCCAGAUGCUCUGAGACAGACAAUUAAGAGCCUAAGGGUUGAGAACGAAAAGGCCCUGUCGGUGGCCGUAGAUGCCAGCAACCAAGCAUCUCUUAAGGAAGCAGACAAGCAUUGCAAGGUGAUUUCGGGCAGAAUUUCCCGAGGUUCUGGCUGUCUCAAGAGUGGACUGUUUGUGCUCAUGGUUGCAGUUGCAAUUGGCUUUGCCGCAUCCCCAAAUAUGGAGUCAUGGGACUUGAAGAAGCUCCAGUCUAUGAUUACCAGUUCCCUUCAAUCAUUCUGAUACGUAGACAUGAAGAAGACUAAACUUGUCCAAAAUCUCCUUCAAGAGAGUAACCCAACUAAAAAAGUCUGGAUCUCUAAGGGGGACCCUAAGAUUGAGCUCCCAAUAGUCAGAAAGAAACGAAGUUAAUGAACUGUCUGGAACCGUGCAAGUUUGCUGAGAAAUAGUUAGCAUGUCUGUCUUCUUAGUUUCUUCAGAGAAUUUUCGGAGUUACUAUACAAUAGUUGCCUUAUGCUUACUUUCUGUAACUUGAGAUGUAAGUUUUUCUUAACUUGGUUAAUUCUUCAGCGCGAAAACAUAAAUACUCACUCGUUCUUCUUCAUUGGAUUUACUUCUUGUCAUUGGUGAUCA